GGGAACCGGCUAACGGCCCAGGCACCUUGGGGCCCGAGGAAUGUCCAGCCGCGAGCAGAGGACAGUCCUCUUCCUCCGCAGUGCUUCCCGCCGGAUGCCGGGCCAAUUCGUCGCAGACCACCAGACUAGAUUCUUAUCCCUUCCGGGAACCGAAGUCAGAAAACCAAACAAGGCAUCCAACUACUACACAAGUUUAGACCAAUGGAAGAAAAAAGCAGCAAAGAUUGAAUUGAAUGAAACUCAAAAGCAAAAAAUUAAAGAGGCCUUUGCCUUAUUUGACACAGAUGGGUCUGGAACCAUAGAUGUGAAAGAAUUGAAGAUUGCAAUGCAGGCCUUAGGAUUUGAACCAAAGAAAGAAGAAAUUGAACAGAUGAUAGCUGAAAUCGACCAAGAAGGAGUCGGCACCAUUAAUUUUGAAAAUUUUUUGGCCAUUAUGAGUAUAAAAAUGAGUGAACAAGAUGAAAAAGAAGAAAUAUUGAAGGCUUUCAAAUUAUUUGAUGAUGAUAAUACUGGAAGCAUAACACUAAAUAAUAUAAAGCGGGUUGCCAAGGAACUAGGGGAAAAUUUAACAGACAAUGAACUCCAGGAAAUGCUCAGUGAAGCCGAUAGUGAUGGAGAUGGAGCAAUAAAUGAGGAAGAGUUUUUGAGAAUAAUGAAAAAGACCACAUUUGAUUAGUACAGUUUUUUGAGCCUGCAACACUGCGAACACAUUCAUAUUCAUUAUACAGUUCAAUAAUAUAGUGUCUGGAUGUAUUUACUUUUGAUUUUUUUGUUUAUAUGCACAAAUUGGUCUCUUGAUGUCUAAUCCGCAAGAAGUUACAUUUUUCUAUGAAUAUAUCGCCGAAUCUGCAGCAAUGAGAAACAAGGGAAAUGAUUUCUUUAACCCAUGAAUCCAUGAACAGUAUUAAAAGACCCCAGUUUCCAAACAAUUAGGACUUUUUAAAAGUCCAAUGAAGUUGAUGCCACAUUCAAAUUAAUUUGGCAAGCAAUCAGUUGCUUUCCCUAUGUUUUGUGUGUGCACCUCUAGAAAAGUUGAUCAACAUUUGCUUUGUGACCAAAAUUUCAAAUAUGUAAAGUAUUAAAUAAAACUGGAAACAACAUUAUUUGCAAA